AUGGCCUCUCUCGGAAUUUUUCCUGAAGAAGUGAUGAUCGAGAUUCUCUCCGAACUUCCGCCGGAAUCUCUCCUUCGUUUCAAGUGCGUUAACAAAUCAUGGCAUGCAUUAAUCAAUGACCCUAAAUUCGGAACAAAACACUACUCCAAUUCUCGUCGGCGCAAACACGUUUUUCUCUGGUGUCCCCCCAUUGACACAGAGAUAAAUAACUUCUCCUUCCUCAAAUUACCCCUCUCACUCAAUUCAUCGGUGUCCUUUUUCGAUACCGAUUUCCCAUUGAAUGAGGAUUUUCGGUCGGUAGAAAUCCUUGGGCAUUCUCACGGCUUAAUUUGCCUCACCCGUCGUCGUUGUGACAUUUACCUCUGGAAUCCCUUGACCAGAGAGUUUCGUAAACUUCCCCCAUCGAUUAUUCUCCUCACUGAUCCUCCUGACAGUGACAGGUGCAGUUCGUUUACGAGGGCCGUUGGAUUUGGCUACGAUUCAAAAUCUAUGGAUUUUAAAGUGGUUAGGGUUGUGAGUUUUGUAAAAUUAAAACCUGAAAUUUAUUACAGUUCAAGAGUGGAAAUUUAUGAUUUGAGCAAAGAUAGAUGGAGAGAAAUUAAAAGCCCUUUUCUUGGCAAUAGAUUCUGGACACCUUCCUUUAAGAUGUGUCACGAAGGAACAUGUUACUGGUGGGGGCUUAGUGAAGAAUGUACAGGGACUCUAGAGACAUUCGACAUGAGCGAUGAGGUUUUCGGCCAAAUUCCGAUACCGGAGGAUUUCGAUGUGAUGGCUGACAGGUAUAAGUGUUUAGGGGUUUUUAAUGGAUCCAUUGUUCUGUUUCCUUAUCCAUAUAAAGGAUAUGAUAGAAUGUUAUUCAACGUGUGGGAGAUGGAGAAGGAUGAAUAUGGUGGGGUUUCAUGGUCAAAGAUAUUGACAAUUGGGUCUAUUUUUGGAAUUGAGAAGGGAUGGUUGAUUGUUAACUCCGAUGAACUUUUUAUGGAGGUCAAUGAAGGACGAUUGAUUUUCUACAAUGAUACUAAAAGCGGACGAUUGAAGCUUCCAACCAGUUGCUUUGCUACUCUUUUUGAAAAGAGUUUGAUAUCAGUGAAGGGAGGAAACAACGUCACUUAUGAAUUUUGA